AUGAGGAUAUCCACGCUGCUGACCGCCGCUCUGCUGGGACUGCUCCUCUGGGCCUCCUGCACCCAGGCUGAGGAGGAGGCAUCCAAGGAGGCUGCUGAGGAGGCUGCUGAUGAGGCUUCUGAUGAGGAGUUAGAAGAAGAGGAGAAACCCAAGAAACCCAAAACUACAGAGAUUGAAGAAGAGAAUGAAGUAAUGGUUUUGCAUAUUCACAACUUUGCGAGGGCGCUGAGUGAAAACAAGUACCUGCUGGUGGAAUUCUACGCUCCGUGGUGUGGACACUGUAAGCGACUAGAGCCUGCAUACGCAGAGGCGGCAGCCCGACUGAAGCAGGAGGAGGGAGGUCUGCGUUUGGCCAAAGUGGACGCCAUCGAGGAGAAGGAGCUGGGUCAGGAGUUCGACGUGGGAGGGUACCCCACCAUCAAGCUCUUUGUGGAUGGAGAUCGCACACAGGCAAAGGAAUACACAGGGGGGCGGUCAGCACAGGGGAUGGUCACUUGGAUGAAGCGACAGGCGUCUGCUGGAGUCCCCGUGUUGGACUCUCCAUCUACCAUCACUCAGUUCAUCGAGGCCCAUAACGUCUCAGUGGUGGCCUUCUUUAAGGACAUGGAGAGUGAAGCAGCUAAAGUGGUAGAUGAGCUGUACUUCAGUAGCGCUCUGGAAAUCGCCAAGACGUCCAGUGUCGAGCUCUUCCAGAAGUAUGAGGUCACCACGGACUCUGUGGUGCUCUUUAAGAAGUUUGACGAGGGCAGAGUGGACUUUCCGUUAGCAGAAGGAAAACUGGACAAGGACAAUCUGACCAGCUUUAUUCGAGAAAACAGCCUGGAGCUUAUCAUCAGUUUCAAUCCAGAGAAAUCUGAGGCUAUUUUCGGUUCCAGCAUCAAACUCCACAACCUGAUGUUUGUAAACGCGAGCACAGACGCUCACAUGGCUCUGGUGGAGGAGACCCGCAGUGUGGCCAAGCAGUUCAAGGGCAAGAUUCUCUUUGUUUUGCUUGACAUAUCCGUUGAAAUGCACGGUCAGAUCAUGGAUUACUUUGGUGUGAAGGCCAGCGACACCCCAACCGUCCGUAUGUUUGAGAUGACCAGCCAGAAGAAGUACAGCCUGUCCCCCGAGCCCUUCAGCGCGGGGGCCGUUGCGGCGCUCUGUCAGGGCGUGCUGGACGGGACCGCUCAGGCGUUCUACAAGACAGAGGAGGUCCCUGAGGACUGGGACAAGGCCCCUGUCAAAGUGCUGGUGGGAAAGAACUUCAAGGCUGUGGCCCAAGACCCCACCAAGAACGUGUUUGUCAAGUUCUACGCUCCGUGGUGUCAUUUCUGCAAAGAGAUGGCUCCAAUCUGGGAGCAGCUGGGAGAGAAGUAUGCUGAUCAUGCAGACAUCAUCAUCGCCAAGUUCGACGCCACAGCCAACGAGGCCGAAGGGGUCCAGGUCAAUGGCUUCCCCACACUCAUCUACUACCCUGCAGAGGGCAAAGAGCAGGUCCAGUAUCACGGUGAACACACUCUGGAAAAGAUGUCUGAGUUCCUGGACAAUGGAGGAGUGGAGCCUGAGACACCGGAGGAGCCUGAAGACGAUGAAGAAGACGAGGAGGACGAGGCAGAGGACGAGGCAGAGGACGAGGCAGCACCAGACUCAGCAGCCAACACCACUGUCAAAGAGGAACUGUGA